AUGGCUCAUGUAAGAGGUUAUCAAGUUAGGAAAAACUACAGGAAGAUAAUUUGGUCCGUGGGGAUAUUAGAGAAGGUGAUACAGCGUUGGAGAAGGAAAGGAGCUGGUUUGCGAGGGUUUAAGUCAGACGCACUUGUUGAUAAAAUGCAAGAAGGAACAGAGAAAGAAGAAGAUGAUGAUUUCUUCAAGCAAGGUAGAAAGCAAACAAAGGAAAGGCUUCAAAAAGCUCUUGCAAGAGUUAAGUCAAUGGCUCAAUAUCCUGAAGCUAGAGAUCAAUACCGUAGAUUACUAAAUGUGGUCAACGACAUCCAAGAAAGCAAGGUUGAAAAGGCUCUUGAGAAUUCAGAAGAAGCAACUUGUUUUGAUGAUGAUCUAACAGAUAUUGAAGCAUUGUUGGGAGAUGAUGACACUUUGAUGUUGCCUAUGUCCUCAACUUUUUAG